GUUGAACUGUGCAUGUUCUUCAUUAUUUUGCAAUAUUCUUACAUGUAAAGCGAGCUCAUCUAGACAGCGGUGAAGGUGAUUGAAUGCUUGAAAAACGUUAUUCAAUCAAUGAAGAAACAAAGUCAACAUGGACAACAAUUCUACAUUCAAUUGUUCUGGGGAAAAGAUUCCAUCUUUUCGAACAGAAACCCUAUACUUCAUCUUCUACUUGAUCAUUUUCAUUCCUGGCCUUCUAGGUAACAGCUUGGCACUUUGGAUCUUAUGCAAGUUUAUUAACAAGAAGACCAGGGCUGUUAUUUUCAUGAUAAACCUGGCCCUUGCCGACUUAGCGCAUGUCUUUUCCCUCCCACUCCGCAUUUUCUAUUAUGUAAAUGAAAUCUGGCCGUUUGGUAAAGCUAUGUGCUUGAUGUGCUUCUAUCUCAAAUACUUGAACAUGUACGCCAGCAUUGCCUUUCUGGUUUGUAUCAGCAUUCAACGUUGUGUUUUCCUCAUCGACCCUUUCAAAGCCAAAAACUGGAAACGCCGCUAUGACGUCUCAAUAAGUGUUAUCCUUUGGGUCGUGGUGGGACUGAGCUGCUCUCCCUUCAUUCUAAUGAGAAAUACAUCUUCAGCGAAUGUCAGCAAUUGCUUCAGAGACUUACCUACGCGGAAGAUUAAAAUGCACCAGUCUGUGAUCAUGAUAUCUUUUGGUGAGCUGCUGGGUUUCCUAAUUCCUCUAUCAGUAAUCAGCAUGUGCACGUACCGGAUUAUCAAUUCUCUGCAGCAAGACGGUACUAUGCUUCGGGCCAGUGACCGGCGCAAAGCACUCCGUAUGGUCCAAAUGUGCACUUUGGUGUUCUUAUUCUGCUUUGUCCCUUAUCAUUUAAACUUCUUGUUCUACAUGAUGGUGAACCAGGACAUUAUCAGCAACUGUACAUUUCGAAAAGUCAUCCUCACUUUUCACCCUAUCUCCUUGUGCCUAGCCAGUCUCAGCUGCUGUCUGAACCCAUUUAUAUACUACUUUUUGACUACUGAGUUCCGGGAGCUCUCUCACCGUGGCAGCAUUGUGAUCCGAAGUCGGCUAAUGAGUCGGGAGAGUGGUUCCUCAAUAAGGGAAUAAAGCAAAAAAAGAAACUUCAAUCUAUUAACAAUGAAGACAACAUUGAGUAAGGUUAAGUAACUGCAUGCAUCAAGAUAUCAAAUGAGGAUUUACACUCCAAUAUUUCACAAAAAACAAAUGAGAAAUGAGAAAAAGCUCUGGUUAAGUUAAAAGGGCAGUAAUCAUUUGAAGAAACUAACAAAACAUGAUUCAGUAGACCUUAUCAUGUCAUAGUGUACCUGCAGUACUAUUACCUAUACUCUUUUUUUAGUAAAAGUUUUAUUUGUACAGUUUUCUGCGUUUUUAAUUUAUUUUGUUUUUUUCUUUUUACAUUUUGUGUUUAUAGGCAGCUGAUUCAUUAUAUUAAGUGGUUGUAAACCACCUAAGACAAAUGCUGCAGAAACCUGAUGUGA